GCUCCGAACUUCUAAUAACUUGUGAGAGGGAAAGUCGAAGACGAUUGCGACGUGACAGCGCAGGACGCAGAGAUCAUUGCACAUUCCCCCUAACCCAUUGAACUUCACUUUCAGCACGCAGCCGGCAACAUGGUCUUCAUCUUCGGCUUCAACUUCCCCGACUCGACGCUCGUAAAACGCAGUCUCGAAUCCUUCUACGGCAUCGGCCCCAGCGUCUCCCGCGCCAUCCUCGCCCGCCACCACAUCCACCCCUGGGCCAAAGUCGGCAGUCUCAAAAACCCCACCGUCCUCGCUCUAACCGCCGAUUUGACGAGCAUGAAGAUAGAAAACGAUCUCAGGAGGGAGGUGCAGGAUAAUAUUCGACGGUUGAAGGAUAUGGGCACGUAUAGGGGGAGACGGCAUGCUAUGGGUUUGCCGGUGAGGGGUCAGAAUACCAGGACGCAGAUUAAUACGGCGAGGAAGUUGAAUAGGAUUGAGAGGGGUGGGAUGGGGAGGGUGCAGAUGUAGGGGGG